UUCUCGUGGACCAGGAAGAACAGAGACAAACCAGAGCUGUCAGGCUAGCUUGCUAGCCUGUGAAGCAUCGUCACUUUGAUUUUAUUAGGAAAAAUAAAGGCUUAUGCCUCCAUACAUGUUGUUACGUGGCUAGGAUUUUCUUCAUAUUCUGGAGGUUGUAACAACACGGGAGUGCUUCUUUCUGCACGACAGGUAGCCUAGCUUGCUAACGGGAUACCCUGCCGAGGCUUUUGCUGACAGUGACACCAGCUGGCAAGCAAAACCGUGACUUACAACACGCAAUGCUCCAUUAACCUAGCUAGUCAUCUCAGGCGUGCAUGGGUGUCCAAUAAGAAGAAGCACCAUGAGCGGGGAGCCAGAUGCCUUGGCUGUGGUGAACCAGCUUAGGGAUCUCGCUGCGGAUCCCCUGAACAGAAGGGCCAUCGUUCAGGACCAAGGUUGCUUACCAGGACUUAUACUUUUUCUGGAUCACCCCAACCCCCAAGUUGUGUACUCUGCCCUUUUGGCUGUGCGCUACCUGGCCGAAUGCCCUGCCAACAGGGAAAAAAUGAAGGACGAGCUGGGGAUGAUGUUAAGUCUACAGAACGUCAUGCAGAAAACAACCACCCCAGGAGAAACCAAACUGCUGGCCUCUGAGAUCUACGAGCUCUUGCAGGCCUCCAGCUGUUCAGAUUCCGAGCAGGCAGAGGAGGCUGCCACCUGCAGACGCAAAGCCCAGUUUUUCCUAGGCUCCACUAACAAGCGGGCCAAAACUGUGGUCCUGCACAUAGAUGGUCUGGAUGACUCUAGCCGGAGGAAUCUGUGUGAGGAAGCCUUGCUGAAGAUUCGUGGGGUCAUCAGCUUCACCUUUCAAAUGGCUGUGAAGAGGUGCAUUGUCCGAAUCCGCUCCGACCUCAAGGCAGAGGCUCUAGCAUCAGCCAUUGCUUUGACCAAUGUGAUGAAGGCUCAACGAGUUGUUAAAGGAGAGAGUGGGGAUGAGGUGUUGAUCUCAUUCCCAGAGGAAGGAUCUGUGGAGGUGGAGCAUAAUGAGGAUCUUCCAGACUACCUCCCAGAGGAGGAGAGCCCAUCCCAGGACCCAGACAAGGCAGUGACUCGGGUGGGUACUGGGCAAGAUGGCGUGGGCUGGCUAGGCACGGCAGCCAACUUUCUCUCCCGCUCCUUCUACUGGUGACCCUCCCAGGCCAGAGGAAGUCCUAUUUCUUUGUGAGACACUUCAACAGAAUCUGUCUUACAGCUGGCACAACCAGAGCUCGACAGCCAAUUGCGUUUUGUGUGACAAAAAAUUAUCUGACAGAGUGUAGGUGACACGUGUAUGUACCCCCCCCCCCCCCCCACAGACUUUCAUAGAACGCACUCCCUCUCUGCACCACAACGUUGAAGAGAGAUGGUUGGAAAGGACUGGCUUCUGAAAUGGAUCGUUUCAUAAACAUAUGUUUUUUCUAAGAGUGAACUAGAAGUUUUCUUUCUACACAUGCAAGCAGGUCAACAGGUCUAUCUUUCUUUAAACCAAAAUGUCUUGUUGUGAGGAGCUUAUACCGGGAUAUUGUUACUGGAUCUAUUGGAGCCCAAAUUUUGCUAUAAACAGUGUUUACCAUUUUUCUUAAAAGAUCUUUUAGUGUGUUUGGGUCAAGGGUAUUUUUUCCCCUCUUGACUCUUUAUCUAGAACAUGAAGUAGUCAAUCAUGUAUCCAGUUAGCUGUGCCUUUAGUUUCAGUGUGUUUACAUAGGCCUAAAAACCCUUCUAUGACUCCUUCUGCUGCUUAUGUUCUGACAUUUGACCCACAAGCCUCCAUCGUGUGGAGUGUUCCAAGGUGAAGGACUUAGGUCAAAAACUGUGGUGUCAUAUAUAUAUUGGAGUGAGCUUGAUGUACUGUAGUCAACCAAUAUCAUCAAUAGAUCAACCUUUACAUUUCUAAUCAACUACUGCUCAAAUGCAUUUCUUUGACUUAUUUCUGGGGAUUGAAAAUUGUUUACACUUAAUUGGUUUAUGAAAAGAUACCCAGUAAGUUAACGUGGCAUCGCAACAUAUACGUUCUUCUGACACUGCCUUGGUUGAUGGGUUGUUUAGUAUUAAACAGAAAAGAACAACAUAAGGAUGUCAUAUUCAGUGCUACAUUUAGGUUGCAAAUGCACUCUUUGAAGGGUGUAAUUCCAAUAUCAAUCAGCAGAAAUAAUACUAUAGGUAUUUUUCACACAUUGUUUUUUCCCCCAGAACAUGGGGAACAAUUUCUAGUUAAACAUUAUAUGUUGGAAAUGUAUGCUGAUUGGAAAUGUACUCAGUCACAGUUGGGGAACUCGUGGAUAUGUGUUCCAAAUUGUAAGACACGACUGUAAGAGGUUGAAACCUAAGGAAAGAGGGUGAGCUGUAUGUACAAGUGUUUUCUUUGAUGAUUCUUUCAUCUUGUUUAUUGACCACUAUGUGUCGUUUCAGAUACACAGACUAAGCUUAAAACCUUGACUAAAAAUUAUUCUCAAUUGGAUCAUAACUAAAAAAAUCUGUAUUGAAAUGUAUUUUGCACAUAUACAAAACUAAAUACUAUCGUUCUUUGAUAAGGAUGUAGGGUGGUAAAUGUAUUAGAUUAACAAUUCAGGGGAUCAACUAUACACAUCAUGCCUAGACAAUUUUGCCAUCAAUGCAUGUUACAUCGUGUGAAUUGCCAUUGUGUUUGCUGUUGAGCUCAUAGUCUAUCUUUGCAUGGCAGGUUGUCUGUCAAGAUCAGCUGAUCCUUUAAAAAGUUCUCGCACUGCCACAUUAAAGAAAGUUAAAUUUUUGCCAAAAGAGUAUUUCUAAGUUGUUAAUGCCUGUCAGUGAGGGGGAAAAAAAUGUGUUUUUCCAGAUCUGUGCCCUUUAUCCUUAUUGACUGUCCUAGCUUACACUAACCAUUCCUGGCAACAAGAUGAUUAUCAUGCUAGCUUAGCACUAGCAUCUAUCUGCUUUCCUCAAAUUUGUGAUUUACUAAACAUAUUUGUGUACUUCUUACUUGUCAUACAGUACUUUUUAUUCAUGAACUACAUACAUUCUUUUGAGUUCAAGAGUUUUGUCCAUUUUAUUUGACUUGGGUCCCAAUCAAACCAUGUAUUGUAAUACCCCACCCCAUCUAAUGAAAUAUAUUUCCUGAUUAUUAUUAUUGCACAUUUCGUUUUUUAUUUAUAUAUUGAUCUUUUGAGCUUGAUCUCUAAACAGUGGGAGCACGAGGUAUGUGAGUGUGCACAUCUCAAGGAAUGCUUAAGUCUUGUCUAUGUAAAUGGACCAUUGUGUAUAUGAAUACUGUGUUGUCUUUUGUCAUCACUAUUCCCAAGAGUUGCAUAAAAUAAUUAAAUAAAUAUUAAAAGUAAUAUA